AUGUCCCAAGCCGCCGACUCGGCAACCCUUGCGCUGCUGGGAAAGAAACAAGUCUUGAAGCGUCGCUUUGGUCUUGGCACAUUAUUCGCUUUUGCAGUCUGCGAGCUCAUCACAUGGGAAACCGUCCUCGCAAUCUUCUCCCAAGCCUUUGAAAAUGGUGGCCCAGCAGGAGCAGUCUAUGGAUUCAUCAUCGCCUGGUCCUCGACGCUAUCAGUCUACACGGUAAUCUCAGAGUUGGCCAGCAUGGCCCMUAUCGCGGGAGGUCAAUACUACUGGGUCUUCAUAAUGGCUCCUCCAAAAUGGAAGACCGUCUGUAGCUAUGUGGUUGGUUGGUUAACUACACUCGCCUGGAUUGCUACGGUGGCCACCGAGACCCUCUUCGCCGGCACCAUCAUCCAAGGAAUGCUGGUGAUUGACUAUCCUUACGAGGCCAAACUUUGGCAGGGCACAUUACUGACUUGGGCGGUGAUUUUGGGGUGUGUCUUUAUCAAUGUCGUGAUUCCCAAUUGGUUGCCCCGAUUCGAGGCAUUCAUUCUAGUCUUCCAUCUGGUGGGAUUCGUUGCCAUUCUUACUACACUGUGGGUCAUGACCACCUCAUAUGGGUCCGCAGAAAGUGUAUGGAUGACUUCCUUGAAUCAAGGCAAUUGGCCUACUCAAGGCAUCAGUUAUUGCGUUGGAUUUCUUGGCAAUGUAGCGACGUUUGUUGGAGCUGAUGCAUCUGUUCACCUUGCGGAAGAGGUGGAGAAUGCUGCCAAGAACAUCCCGAGAGCUAUCCUGGCUGCCAUGCUCAUCAAUGGAGCGGUUGGGAUGGCUAUGAUGGUGACCAUUCUCUACUGCUUGGGAGACGUUGAAAGCGUGCUGGGAACCAAGACUGGCUUCCCAUUUAUCCAGAUUUUCUUGAACAGUGUCAGAAACGUGGCAGGAACAACAGUAAUGGUGGCCAUCAUCUGUGGAUUAACAUGGGCCUGCGCAAUGGGCAUCACCACAACGGCCUCGAGAAUGACCUGGUCUUUCGCUCGUGACCGCGGUCUCCCCUUUUCCAAAUACCUCAGCCGAGUGGAUACUCGAACAAAAGUCCCCGUCAUAGCCUGCUUAACGGCAACUUCAAUCGCAGCACUCCUAACUCUCAUCUACGUUGGAUCAGCAACAGCAUUCAGCGACGUCAUCUCCCUGACCAUCACCGGUUUCUACGGCUCCUACUUCCUCCCCGCAGCAUUCCUCCUUUACCAUCGCUGUAAAGGGCACAUUCUCCCUGCAGGCAGCGACGCCUCCCUUCAAUCUCAGGCAUGGAAGGAAGAUUCCCCCUCCUCGGACGACAAUUCCCAUGGUAUCGCACAAAUACCACUCAUCUGGGGACCCUGGCAUCUUCCCGGGAUUUUGGGGAUUGUUAAUAAUGCGUAUGCAUGCGUGUAUAUGAUUUUUGUGAUUUUCUGGUCCGUGUGGCCGCCUGCGACGCCGGUGAAGGCUUCUACGAUGAAUUAUUCGGUGGUUGUUACGGGUGGCGUGAUGAUUUUGAGUGCGGUGUGGUAUUAUGUGGGUGGGAGGAAGGAGUAUAAAGGUCCCUUGAUUGAUGAGGAGGUUCGAGAGGUUUUGAGGGGAGGGAGUGUUGUUUUGGAAGAGGGAGAGAAGAGUAAGGUAUAA